AUGGCGGCCAACACGGCACAAGCAACUCCUUCGACCAACUGGUAGGUCCUACUUUCUCUGCUCUGGGGUUCACGAAAUAAACAGUGAAAGGUGGUUAUCGCGUCUAUCAUCACUGUUACUCUCAGAUGCUGUGUGAUAUGGUUGAAUGUCUCGCCACGAUCUAAAGUGACGGAUGUUUUCACGCCCUGCUAGCCUGGUAUAGGCUAAUGGUGUGUUCAGGGGAAGCUAGCACGAAAGCUGGCUGACGUUUAUGGUGAUAACGUAGAUAUUUUUAUCUGAGAGAUAGGAAAUGUGAAGUUCAUUCACAAGUAUUGAAAAACUAGGACACGUUAACUUCCACUAUCUUGUACAGCUAUAUAAGAAGAUCAGACUUGCCUCUCAAUGUAAUCCCUUAAUUGGAAAGCUGCGUAUGGUUUUAUCUUGAGUCAAAACGGUUCGAGAAUUCAUGUCACGCAUGAUCAGAAUCUUGAAACAAUUAAUUUAUGUGGUUGAAUUAAAUUCUUGUGUUAAUCUUAGGUCUUACGGUGGAGCUGGAGACGCCCAGGUUCAUGAAAAUCCAGAAUGGGAGAAAGCAAGACAGGCACUAGCGUCCAUCAGCAAGAGUCAGAGCUCUGCGAAGACUGCACAAGCCAACCGGACUACAGCAGAGGUGUGCUUUAACCUGUUUCUCUACUCUGAAAUUCCUUCCUUGUCAAUCUGUAGAUCUUAUGUUGUAAUUAAACUUUUUAAGGUCAUGUGGAAAAUGACUGAGAUAUAUUAAUGCUUUAAAAGACCUGUAAACCCAGCAUCAAGCUUUACCCAGGGAUAGCUAAGGGCCAAAAGGUUUUGCAAGUUAGUGACUAUAAAAUUUUUUAAAAUCCUGUAUGGAAUGUUGGGAGGUGAUGCAUUUUGUAAAAGUUAGUCUGUUUGUUUAUUAGUUUCCUGUUUUGUCCCUUUAAGAUGCGUUCCCUUCUGCUUUGAGUUUAAAGCCUUGUUUUUGUACUGUUGCUAUUUUAGGCCGGUCAGUUUCAGCCAGCAGUGUCUGACUCUACUGCCAUUCAGCAACAACAGCAAUACUAUCCUUGGUACCAGCAAACUCAGCAGCAUUAUCCUGGAUACACAUACCCCUACAACUAUUAUUACCCAAUGGGUCCAGUAAGUACAGAGAUGAAUGUUGUUCUCAUGUUACUGUAACAACAUGUAUUUGUUUACCAGGAUAUUAACUGCUUUCUAACAUGACAAGCUGGAAGGCACUUAUGUCAGCUUUAGCUUGGUAUGCUGCAUUAACAUUGGUUGUAAGAGUGAUUUUGGAAAAGGCUCUCAAAUAUAUUUUUCUCUGAAUUCUCAGUAUGGGGCUGCUUAUCCACCAAAUCAGUAUGGUGUACCUCCAGGACCUUACCCAGGACCUCCAACCUCUAAUGGACAGGUACAUGCAAGACCUUGGUUUGGAGAUUUGUGCAUAUUUUUAGACAUGAUGGUAGAAAGGCUAAAUCUAUUCUCAUGCUCUUUUACAAAUGACUUGAUAAAACUCGAUCUCUAAAUACAUUCAUUUUUUAUCAAUUUUUUUCUCAGCCUCCCCCAGUGCCAGGAAUGGAGGAUCAGUCCCCCAGCUACCCACCCCAACCACAACCUCCACCUCCCGCUACACCCCAACCACCCCAGAGCCCAACUACCUCAGACAAACCCCCUCCUCCUCCACCCCCUCCUAUCCCUCCCCCACCUAACUCCCAGUACCCCCCUCCACCUUCUCCAAAUUCCUAUAGUGCCAAUAACUCCAUGCCAUACCCACCCGGUGACCCCAACCAAAUGCAAAUGUACAAUCAUUCCCAGGGGAGGCCCAACUAUGGACAAGGUUUCCAGGCCCCAAACAAUUAUCAGCCCGCUCAGAAUACCCCACAGCACCAGCAGCAGCCAGGCCAGUAUAUGCCAGGGCUUGGUAGAGGAGAGGCCAAUAAAAAUAAAAACCAGAAACAAGGACAGCAACUGUGGCACCGCAUGAAACGUAAGAUUUACUUAUGAUGUUGCUAAUAUGUAAAAUUUUUCUACAUGGUUUGAUAGAGUUAGCGCAGUAUUUCACAGACACAGCUCACAUUCACAUCAACCAUCCAUAGCAUGACAAACACCUCAAUCAUCCAAUGUAAUUUAAUCUAAUGCAAUCCAAUACAACAGCUGUAACACUAAUUCUACUCCCAGUAAUUGCUAAAUUUUCAGUUUUUAUUGGCCCCAGCACAUUGGUGUUUAUUGUACUUAAAUUAAUAUUGAGGACAUAGUGAGUGGUGGUAUAUGUUAUAUUUGUGUCCCCUACAUUUUCUCCACUAUCAAGAAAAACAUGAAACAUGCAAAUUACAAGGAACACUUUUCAGCACAACCCACUCCCGUACACCACUAGCACCAGCUUCGACUUUAACUGUCAAUUUUAAGAACCAUUAUCACCUGUCUGACCAUGUCAACAACAAUUGUACAUGAAAAUAAAAUAAAAUGCAUUGUUAGUAUUAUUAUAUUGAAGCUACAACCUUUAUGGUUGAGUUGAGCUGCAUUAGAUUGCCCAGGUGUUCAUAAUAAUACAUGUUCUUUACAUGUGUUAAAUGUAUCAGACCUUCAGGAUUUUUGUUCAGUGUGUUUUUGUUUUAACUUGAACCAAAAAGUUAAAGAUCAUCAACAUAAGCGCAUCUCAAAGAACUUUUUUUCAGAUCAAACUUAGAACUCCAGGUUCUUUUGUGAUUUAGACCAGGUGUCAGUUCUGUCUAUAUACAGCACCGGUAGCAUUUAUUGUUUUUAUUUAAUGGUAGUUUUUCUCUUGUAUUUUCUUCUCACAGAAGCACCUGGGACAGCUUCAGUUAAGUUCAAUAUUUCCAAGAGACCCUAUCAGGUUCAGUGUGGUCCAGUUUCCAACCAGAGUUUCCCUCCAGGCGAGCAGCCCUCAGGGUUAAAUCCAGCUCCUUCCUCACCAGCUAGUGCCACAGCAGCACCUGGAGGUGCUCAGACACGGUGAGAACUUGUCUGUCUUAACAGAUUUUCCCUUUCUUUUUUAAAUUUCCAUUUUAUUUUAUCUGAUUCUAAUAUCUUCUUCUAUUACUUUAUUCUUUACAAAUAUAUUUAUUAUAUCCUUACACUCUUUCCUCCCAGGCCCCAGGACUGGCCCCAAGCUAUGAAAGAAUAUGUGCAGCGCUGUUUUACAGCCUGUGAGACCGAAGAGGACAAAGAUCGCACAGAGAAGGUCCUGAAAGAAGUUCUGCAGGACCGCUUAAAGGAUGGCUCUGCUUACACCAUUGACUGGACCAGGGAACCUUUGCCAGAGUAAGUCAAUUAUUAUUAUCAAUUUUUGUCAAGAGUAUGUAUAUGUACACUAACUUGGACAAGGCAUUGCUCCUGUAAAGACAUUUUUAGAUGAGCAGGAAUAAUUUUCACCAUUUUCUUUGGUUUUGUGACUUUGUGUUACCUGCAGUUUGAACUGACAAAUAUACAUUUGGAUCUUUUUAUUUAUUUCCUCUAGACUAAAAGUCAAACAAUCUCGUUGGGAAGCCAUUCAACCCCAGAGGGCGUCAGAUGGCUCAAUUAGCCGUGGUGGAAGUACAGCAGCUGCAGCUUCAAGAGGCAGGGGUGGACACAGACUGGGCAAUUACAGAAAUAUAUUUUCUCAAAGAAGUCCAUCCUCUAGUUCCUCCCGUUCUUCCUCCCGCUCCCCAUCCCCGUCUCACAGUCGACACAGGGACAGAAGUAACCAAAGGCACAGACGCAGGUGAGAUGCUUUUUCCUUUGGAUUUUUUACCUUAGUUACCAACUACAUCUUUAUGUCCUUUUUAAAAUGUUUCCUGUCUCUGUGAUCUCAGUGAUUCUGGCUCGCAGUCAGAUAGCAGUAUCUCCAGUGAUCUUCGACCUCAGCUGUCAAGACGAAGCCAGAGAGGAGCCCGUGGUCGUGGUAAUGACAGAGAAAGAGGACGCGGAGGUGGAGAGAGAGGGCGGGGAAGAGGAGGAAAGGCCAACAGAGGAAGAAGGUACACUAUUAGUUUUGUUGUAAGAAAAUAUUAACUGUCUUGUAAGACCGACUUUUUUUUAUUAAUCAUUGUUCUGAUGAAGAGGCCACAUUAAGGGCUGAUCUAUGGUUUUUGGUACCACACUAUGUGUCAGGACAGCUCAUAAGUAACCUAUUAUCCUCUUCCUCAGAAAUAUGGAAGACGCCAAUUCAGGUGUUGGAAAGAAAAGGAAAGGAGGCAAUGCUGGUUUGGAUUUCCACGAUCCCAACAGAGAAGCCAAGAAGCAGAGCAGAGCAGCUCGUUUUCACAAACAGCUUCGCUCAGAGCCCUUGGUUCUCUCCAUCCAUUCCCUGGACCUUCCCGACGGAACUCAGGAGGGCCUCAGCUGGGAGGACUGCCCCAUCGUGGGGACAUGUCAGGACAUCACCAAGCCAUACCUGAGGCUGACCUGUGCCCCAGACCCCUCCACUGUCCGCCCUGUGCCUGUAAGUAGAGUUGUUUAAACAGCCUUUCAGUGUACUGUUGUUAGGCAGUUGUGGAGCUUUUGGAAACAGUUGUUUUCAGAGUUUGGACAGUUACAGAAUAGAUGGGUUUUUAAUGAGUUUAAAUUUGUGACUUUACUUGAUACAACGUAGAUUGUCAAAAACCAUGACAGGAACAGAAAUGCAUGUGAUGCAAUGCCUUGGCAUAUCAACGUCUCUCUGUGGUGACCUGAAUGUGACCUACAUUGUAACUUUUUCCUAACCAGGUCUUGAGAAAAUCUAUGCAGGCUGUAAAAACCCACUGGAAAACCCACCAGGACUAUGCUUAUGCAUGUGAGCAGAUGAAGUCCAUAAGGCAGGACCUCACGGUAGGACAUCUUCAUAUAUGUUGACUUGUUCUUAUUUGUCUUUUUGUAAUGUACAUUUCCAUCUCAGCUGGGCUUUAUUUAUUUUUGUUUUUUUUUUCCUGUAUUUGGAUUAAUGUUUAUUAUUUCUGUAUUUAUCCAGGUCCAGGGAGUUCGUACUGAGUUCACAGUGGAAGUGUACGAAUGUCAUGCACGCAUUGCUUUAGAGAAGGUGAGCAUAUCUCUUUGUCCGAAAUAAAGUGAUGACACUCCUUUUUUUUUCAACACUGACUGCACAUUUUUGUCUUCAGGGAGACCAUGAAGAGUUCAACCAGUGCCAGACGCAGCUAAAAGCUCUGUAUAAGGACAAUCCCUCAGAAAAUAUUGGCGAGUUUACAGCAUAUAGAUUGAUGUAUUACAUCUUUACCAAAAACUCUGGAGGUAUUCUUGCAUUCAUUUUUGUUGAGUCAUCAGAAAAAGCGUUCAGAUGCGUUAUCAGCACACUAACUUUGACCAUUUACUCUUCGCUCCAGAUCUGACCACUGAGUUGGUAUACUUGACCCCCGCGCUACGGGAAGAUGUGUGCGUGGCUCAUGCACUUUCUCUCCGUGCUGCCUGGGCACUAGGAAACUACCGCAGAUUCUUUAAGCUAUACCAGGAAGCCCCACGCAUGGCCUCGUACCUCAUUGACAAGUUUGUAGAGAGAGAAAGAAAGGCUGCACUUCGGGCCAUAGUCAAAACGUAAGAUGGGGUGGUGAAAUAUGUGGUUGCAAAGGCUCUCUGUUUAAAGCCUAUUUGCUAAUCUCCCUCAAACAUUUCUUCUGUCCACAGGUUCAGGCCCGAUGUGCCGGUGCAGUAUGUGCAGUCCAAUCUAGGCUUCCCUUGUUUAGAGACCUGUAUGGCAUUUCUUACUGGGCUAGGUGUCACCUUUACCCCAUCUGAUCCAAAUAAGAUAGACUGCAAAGUCAGCACAGCCGCUUUGGCUGCUUCCUGA